AUGUUUUUUUAGUAGUGAAGGAAAAUCGAACAAAAACAGUAUUAUUCAGUCUGUCAACGUAAUUAAACAUAGAAUAUUAUUAAACAACCAUUCAGUAUAACUAAAUUGUGUAAGCAGCAAAUAUUCAUUAACUGAAAUAACAAGCGGCAUUAUUUCCUUCAAUACAACAACAUUUAUAAAGGAUAUUCAUAUAGUAGCAGCCGCCCACAAAGCUCAGCUUGAGUGGCUACAAACGGCUAUUCAUGAUUUCACCGUUUGAAUCUAGGGAAUCCAUCAGAUUUAACGCUUGCUGCGAACUCAUUCCAUAUAUAUAAUUGACAACAGACGGAAAAAUGACACAGAAAAGUUGGCGGCACAAGCGCAAAUAAUUGUUAAAACGCACUGAAAUAACAAUAAAGUUAAUACACAAUACUAAAAGGGAUUAUUAAGGGAAAUAAAAUGCUCGGACGCACACAGAAAUUGCUGCUCGGCAUUUCAAUACUGUUGCUGGUCAACAUUUUAUGGGUUUCGUCCAGCGAAUUAAGCAAGCAGUUUCUCUACGACGAUAACAAGUAUGACAAGCCCUUCUUAUCAACAUACUUCAAGACAUCCAUGUUUAGCAUUUAUUUGCUCAUCAUCGGCAUUAUUGCACCCUGGAAGGAAUCAUGCGAUCGUCAGAAUGGCAACUAUGUGAUGAUGGAUCAAAAUGGUGAUGAUGAAAACUAUUAUUCGAAUCAAGCCGCCUUGGGUAAUCCCACCUUUGUGCCCAUACGCGUGGCCAAUCCGAUCAAUGGCGUCUUGUCCGGCACCGAAAGCGACGAUUCCAGUGUGCGCAGCGUGCGUUUCUGCAAAAUGGCUGAGGUUCGUGAGAUGUCAGCCCAUGAGGCAACGGAUGCCUUGAUGGCCCGUCUGUCCUAUGCCGCCAGCAUGCGGAUUAGUCGCCAAAAGUCACAUCACAAGACGGCCAAGACGGCGUUGCUCUUCUGCCUGCUGUGGUUUGCGGCCAAUUACUUUUCGCAGCUGGCACUGGACAUGGAUGAAGAACCCAUGAUAACGCUUAUCAAAUCAACAUCAGCCACGUUCUUUGUCAUUUUACUGGCAGCAUUAUUUCCCUCGGCAACGGGCGAUAAGGUAACCAUCACAAAGGUUCUAGCGGUGAUCAUGAAUAUUGGCGGCAUUGUGGCAACCACCAUAACCGAUCUGCAUGAUUCAAAAAUGACACGCGGCGUAUUAUUGGCUUUAUUCAGCGCCUUUUUUUACGCCUCCUAUUUGGUGUUUGUAAAGCGAAAAAGCGACACGGAGGAAAAGGUGGAUAUUCCACUGUUCUUUGGCUUUGUUGGUCUUUGGAAUAUGUUGCUGUUGUGGCCCAUCUUUUUUAUACUGCACUUCACCAAAAUCGAAACAUUUGAGUUGCCCAGCCAGGGACAGUUUGCAUUAAUCUUUCUGAAUGGCUUCAUAUGCACGAUGCUUGCUGUGGCCCUCUGGUUAUGGGGCUGUUUUCUCACCUCAUCAUUGAUCGGUACGUUGGCCAUGUCGCUUCAAAUACCACUGGGAAUUGCCUUCGAUAUACUGCUGAGGCACAAAUCUUACACAUCUAUACACUGGAUGGGCUCUCUGGGUUUAUUUGUAUCGUUGUUGAUCGUGGUGCUGCUGACACGCAACGAUGAUUCAGAUCCGCUGAUGAAGCUCUUUAAAAUUGUAUAUAGAAAAUUAUGCGGCUGCCACAAGGCGAGCAUUGUAAGAGUCAACGAUGAUGAGCAACAGGAAUCUCUGAUAAAUAGCAGUGAUUAAAGUCUGACGUCGGUGGAGAAGGCUUUUAAAAAACGCGCUUCUAAAUUAUAAUUGCUCACUGCAAUGCAAAUCCAAACUUGGCUGUUCACGAGUUCGUUUCGAAUCGUUCUUAAAUCUAUAGCGACAAAAUAUAUAUUGUUUGUAUGUAGUUGUAGAUGAUAUUUCGCACAACUUUCAUAUAUUUAUCAUAUUGUAUGUACUUGCUGAAAGAGUUGAUCUUGAUUUGCACUUUUAUGUACAAUUAAGAUAAUCUAUUUAUUGCUACUACCAUUGUAUUUUUCUGUAAAUAGUUUUAGCCCUAGUGUUUAUCUGAUAGGUCUUAAAAUUUGCUGAAGUUCAUUUAUAAUGAUUAUGAUUGUGCGAAUUUUAUGUUUAUACUAAAUAGGUGUGCAUAGUCUAAAUAUUGCUAUUGUGCUCGACAUACAUAUACCCACGAGAUAUUCAAAGAUUUUCCGUUUGAUACCCUAUCAUAUAACAAUAGCUCAGGUAUCAAACAUAGAAUAGUUUCUAUAUUUUAAACUCUAUUAGAUAACUAAUCUGUAAACUGAAGAACCUAAUCGUAUUUAAAUGCACAUAAUUAUACGUUAAAGACAAAAUAAUAUGGAUGAUUAUCAAAUUGUAAAUGUUAAAAUAUUAUGAAUUCCAAGACAGCAUCAAAUUGUAUUAAUAACCAUUAUUGUUUUCAAUAAGCAAACUGAAAGUUGAAAAUAAAUAUUAACCCGCAAUAAGAUUAAUCCAUGCAAAA